GGUUAUAGUGGUGGUAAUUUAAAGGAUGGAAGGAUACAAAGCAAUCUGUUUGGUGACUCUACUAGUUGCUCUUCUUUCAGAAGGGUCCCACUCUCAGUUGGAUGUGUGUGGUAUGCCUCUACUCAACACUAAGAUUGUGGGGGGUCAGACAGCCACUCCUGGAAGCUGGCCAUGGCAGGCCAGUCUACAAUCAUCCGGCAGACAUUUUUGUGGCGGCUCCCUCAUCAAUAAUCAAUGGGUGUUGACAGCUGCUCACUGCUUCAGCUCCAUCCACUCUAAUUUGCGGGUCAUCUUGGGCCUCCAGGACCUGCAAGGCUCCAACCCAAACUCAGUGAGCCUGAUGGUAUCUCAGAUCACCGUCCACCCCAACUACAGCAGCAGUACCAAUGACAACGACUUGUGCCUGCUGAAGCUGUCCUCCACAGUGACUUUUACCAGCUUUAUCCAGCCGAUCUGUUUAGCUGCACCAGCCAGCACCUUCUACACAGGAACUACUAGCUGGGUCACUGGCUGGGGCACUACUAGCAGUGGAGGGUCCGUCUCAAACACACUACAGGAAGUGUCUAUACCAGUAGUGGGGAACAGGCAGUGUAACUGUGGCUAUGGAGUUGGCACAAUCACUAACAACAUGAUCUGUGCCGGUCUGUCAGCUGGAGGAAAGGAUUCCUGUCAGGGGGACUCAGGAGGUGCGAUGGUGAGCAAACAGGCCGGUCGUUGGAUCCAGUCUGGUAUUGUGAGUUUUGGAGACGGCUGUGCCAAGCCAAAUGUCCCAGGAGUGUAUGCCAGAGUGUCCCAGUACCAGACCUGGAUCAACAGCAUGAUUAGCUCCAACCAGCCAGGCUUCGUCCCCUUCUGCUCCAGUGGGACUGACUCUGACCUCAGCUUCACCUGCUCUGGUCUUCCAGCCCCUACAACCUCCACCAGUGCCCCCUGUACUACCGUCACACCCACUCUACCUCCUGUGGUGUGUGGAUCCGCCCCAUUGAACUCGGCUGUUGGUGCUGGAACGUCAUUAGCGACAGCAGGCUUGUGGCCCUGGAUAGCCAGCCUGCAGAUAAAUGGCGUGCACGUCUGUGGGGGCACGUUAGUUGCGUCGGGUUCUGUCAUGAGCGACGCUAACUGCGUCUCCAGACAGCCCAAUGCCUCUCUGUGGACUGUGAUCCUGGGUCGUCUGGAUCAAAACGGCACCAACCCAAAUGAGGUGAAACUGAAUGUCAUCAACAUCACAAUGAGCAACUUGACGGGCAACAACGUGGCCAUUCUCCGACUGGCCAGCCAACCCACAUUAUCUAACUUCAUCCAGCCUAUCUGUCUGGAUCAGGGAACCAACACCUUCAGUGUAGGGACUAACUGCUGGGUGGCUGGCUGGGCCACAGGACAGGGUGGAGCUGGGCAAACUCUGCGACAGAUCCAGACCACUGUGGUGGAUUGUGGUAAUGUUUCAUCUACUGUCAACAUUUGCACAGGAACAGUGGCACUAGCAGAGGGGGAUGUGGGUGGUCCUCUGAUGUGUCAGGUGGGCAGCUCAUGGUACCAGGCUGCUGUGUUGACUCUUCCCAGCAGCAGCAACAACACUAUCAUUAACAGCUCUAACAGCUCUAGUAAUAACAGCUCUAGCACUAACAGCUCUAGCACUAACAGCCCUAGCACUUCCAACAACAAACGUCGGCGCCGCGAUGUCAGAGCAAAUUCCAUCGAAGUCUUCACCAAAACCUCCAACUUUAAGAGCUUCCUGUUAGCCACUCUGGGAUCUUUCCUAUCCCCUGCCACCACAAACAACACCAACACCACCGCUGGCGCCUCCCCAGCUGGCUCACCCUUCUCCCUCCUCAUACUGCUUAUCUCAAUAUCCUGUGUCCUCCUAUCAGGGUAGGAUUGCACUGGGGAACUCUGUGGCAAACCACUGACAAGUGUUUGUGGCAAACCACUGACAACUUCCAUCGAAUCAAAAGUGUAUUUUUCUAUUAAUCGAUCAAUUUCUGCCAGUGAUUGGCGGAGUGCGUCAACUACCAGUGUGAUUGUAAUGUUGAACUCAGGGAGGUUUAAUUAAGAGUUACUUAAAUUAUGAAUGUUUGCUUCCUUAGUCUUUACUACGUAAAAUCUGAUUAAUAAUAGAUAUUUUAUUUAAUGUUAUUUUGACAGGGAAUGAUACUGAGACCAAUGUUUUACAGAUGAGCCCUGUACAGUAGCUUAACUACAUAAUCUUGGAGUGCCAUGUCCGAUAUGCCCCACCCCUAUGCAACAUUUUAGACCCUGCAUUCAAGUAGUGGAGCCAAGGGGUGACAAGCAGUGCAGAGGGCAGAGUUCCCAAACAAUGUACAGUACAGGCCAAUCGUUUGGACACACCUUCUCAUUCAAUGCGUUUUCUUUAUUUUCAUGACUAUUU